AUGGACGGUAGUCAGCUAAAGAGAAAGCGUGUUUAUGGAUCAAUUGUGAAGAGCCCAGGUAAUUCGAAAAGGUCGAAAAGCUUCCAUGCCCUUAGAGAGAUUAAGAGCGAUGAAAAAAGGAACAAUUCGAGCGAUAGCAGUGACUUAUCAGAUAUUGAAGGUGAAGCCUUGCGACUCAACAGUGAUAUAAUGGGGGAAGUUGACGAUGAAGACACUGAUUCGAUCUCAUCUGAAAGUGAAAGGGAAAUUUUGGAAGAAUUGAAAAACAUCAGCUCGCCUGAAAAGGGUAUCUGUUUAAAGCAAAGUGUUGACGUCGAGGAUAUUGAACUUACGAGGAAAGAAUGUACUGUCCAUGGUAGGCACGAUGGCUGGAAGAUAUUGAAGGAGGCGGAGACUUCAUUAGUUAACGAUGAUUCGAUGCUUGCUUUAAAUGCAAGAUCAAGAAUACGAAAAGAUAUGCCGGAGCCUCAUGUGCAGUAUUUGGAGAAACAGAAAGUUAGGAACCUACACAUAGAACGAUAUAAUUUGCCACAAGUAUUGACUUCAUCUGAUCUUAUUAAUAAGAUCCAGCCGCUCUUACCCAUCAUCAGGGAUAUGUACAAUGGUGUUGUUGACUCAUACUAUAAGUAUGAAGCAACAGCGGUCUCUAAAUACUCUCAGAAUGGGAUCUUAUCUUCGAAAGAAUUUCGAUCAUUAGAUAUUAAUCGAUUUCAAGCCGGUUUCUACGGUUUUAGAAGACAGUUGAGAGUCGGGGAAGAGAUUUUACGACAUUUCAAGUCUUUCCUUUUGAAAAGGCAAGGCAAAACAAUGAGAUGGUGGGGGGUGGCCGAUUUUGCUAACUACGUUUUAGCACCCGAAGUGCUAGCCUCUCUAUGUAUCUUGGAAAUGAAUUUAGGGAAGGAAUUGUAUGAUAAGGAGACACGAGAACGUGCAUAUGAACUAUUCGAUAAAACUAUUGAAUUUGGCAACAAAGUUGCCGACUCAGAACCAUUGGAAGAAUGGGAAAUUCAAGCAGAAAAUCAAAGGAUAGCAGAAAUUGAGUUAAGUUUCGAAACUGGUUCAGAAUCAUUGGCACAAAGAGAUUAA